AAAUAGAUGCUUCGAGAUGCUCGAUGGCAAUGUGCGACGGUCGAAAGGCGAUAUCGAGUAGCUCUGUCAAAGCAGCUUUUGUAGCAGAUCGUUAUAAUUUUCGCAAUGUCUACAUUUAUCGAAAACGUAUAUAUAAAGGAUGGAGAAUAUACGAAAACGAUAUAUACUAUGAUAAAAGAACAGCGAUACACAGAGACCAUAAAAAUUCUGCUAAAUCUUUUAGAUUCCCAUCUUAAUUCUAGGCCUUGCUUGUCCCUUCUGGCCCAUUGUUACUUUUAUACGCAAGAUUUCGUGGCAGCGGCUCAGUGUUAUGAGAAACUGGUUCAAUUAUGCCCAGAAGAAAACAUCUACAAGCUCUACUACGCCCAGUCGUUGCAUCAAGCUUGCAUGUACCACGAGGCAUGGGCAGUCUGUUCGAGUAUAAUCGACCAGAGUAACUUGGAAUUCAAAGUAAAGAAGUUGCAGGCGGCUAUAAAGUAUGGGCAGGAAGACAUGGUGGCAGCGAAAAAUCUCGUAGACCAGUGUCCUGUCGAUGACGUUGAUACGGAAAUCAAUCUAGGUUGCCUGUUAUACAAGGAGGAGCAAUACGAGCAGGCUCUCAAGAAAUUUGCGAAUGCACUGCAAAUAGCAGGAUUCAGGCCUCAUUUGUCGUACAACGUUGCUCUAUGCUACUUCAAACUGAAAGAAUACGCAGCGUCGCUGAAACAUAUCGCUAACAUUAUCGAGCAAGGUAUACGAGAGCAUCCGGAAUUAAGUGUGGGAAUGACUACCGAGGGCAUCGAAGUUCGAAGCGUCGGCAACACGUUGACUCUGCAUGAGACAGCGUUAACGGAGGCGUUCAAUCUCAAAGCCGCUAUAGAAUAUCAGUUGCAAAAUUAUGACGCGGCGAAAGAGGCAUUGACCGAUAUGCCACCGCGUUCGGAGGAGGAGCUCGACGCUGUUACAUUGCACAAUCAGGCAUUAAUAAACAUGGAUACGAAACCCAGCGAAGGAUUCGAGAAAUUGCAGUUUCUGCUGCAGCAGAAUCCAUUCCCGCCCGAGACCUUUGCCAAUUUGUUACUUCUGUACUGUAAAUAUCAGUACUAUGAUUUAGCCGCCGAUGUUCUGGCAGAGAAUGUGCAUCUGACUUACAAAUAUCUGACACCGUACUUGUACGAUUUCCUGGAUGCGCUUAUAACGCAACAAACCUCGCCAGAAGAGGCAUAUCGUAAAUUCGACGAUCUCGCUAAUAAGCACACGGAGGCAUUGCGCAAAGCGACGAAGCAGGUGCAAGAAGCGAGAUUGAAUCACGACGACAAUGCUGUUAAAAAAGCCGUCAACGACUACGAGGAAGCUCUGGAACGAUAUGUGCCAGUCCUUAUGGCGCAAGCGAAAAUUUACUGGGACCUGGAAAAUUAUACCCAAGUGGAAAAGAUUUUCAGGAAGAGCGUCGAGUUCUGUAACGAGCACGAUGUGUGGAAGUUGAACGUCGCGCACACUCUCUUUAUGCAGGAGAAUAAAUUCAAAGAAGCAACAGGCUUCUACGAGCCGAUUGUCAAGAAGAGAUAUGACAACAUACUAGAUGUGAGUGCUAUAGUCCUCGCCAACUUGUGCGUCAGCUACAUCAUGACUUCGCAGAACGCGGAAGCCGAGGAGUUGAUGAAGAAAAUUGAGAAGGAGGAAGAAGCGGUGUCAUUUGAAGAUCAGGACAAGAAGCUUUUUCAUUUGUGCAUCGUAAAUCUGGUGAUUGGCACGUUAUACUGUUCCAAGGGAAAUUACGAGUUCGGCAUAUCAAGGGUCAUGAAGAGUUUAGAGCCGUACAAUAAGAAGCUUGGCACCGAUACCUGGUUCUAUGCGAAGAGAUGUUUUCUAUCGCUUUUGGAGCAAUUAGCUAAACAACUGGUGGUUUUAAAAGAUUCCACGUUGCAAGAAUGCGUCCAGUUUUUGGAACACUGCGAAGUUUACGGCAAGGACAUCAUGACUGUGAUAGAACAGCCAUUUGAUAUACAAGAUAUACUCAAUGUUGCUCCACAAGGCAAGCGGACGGUGGUUUACGAGGCGCGCUAUCUCAAAACGUUAUUUUUAAAGUUAUAAAUGUCAUAUGCAUAUAACGUAUGUGUAACAAAUAAUUUAUUGUAUUCUAUACUCGGUGUGUACUUUUCUAAUAUAUGGAAAUAUAUAUAAAGAACACAAAAACAAGAAACACAUGUACGAAAUAACUUGAUAAAUAUAGAAUAUCUUAUAUA